CCCGGGGGGAGACCACGGCUUCACAACAGGCGGAACCGCUCUGAUAGAAUGAAAUGUAAAAGUUGAAGAAAAAAGGCAUAUUAAUGAAACAUUAAAUAUGGACUUGCUUCACGAUUAUUAAAGCAAACGCGCCUCACGUUUUUAGCUCCGAUGAUAACACAUUCAACUAGCGAGCAAAUGAAACACCAUAGCUAACGUAGCUUGUUAGCUGUUUUUCUCUUUCAUACAGUAGACUAAACGCUUCCCACGCACGCAUGCUUGGAGAGUGUCGAGUUUGUCUGCGUGCAGCUAGUUAGUUUAGUGUCAUUUUGUUAAGAACUAUUUAGAAAGAUAGCUUAUAUUUUGCAGUCUUAUUGCAACCGUUUGUAACUGCAGCUAUCCAUGUGAAAUAUUCGGUUUUUUAAAUGUAGUCGUCUGGGCAGGCCUGCCGAGUGGCGAUUCCAGGAUUAUGAUUUUUUUUUUUUAGACCUGGAAGGGCUACAGCGGGAACUAGCCAGCUAACCAGCGACGAAAUCCCACCCAGAGAUGCAAACAAAAAGGAAGUGAUCUCAAUAUGGCCUUAAUUUCCUGCAGUUUGAAACGUCAUUUUUCUCUGUUUUAAGAGGACAACACAAAACGUUUUAAUUUUUAGCUGUCAAUCUUAAGUGCUCUUUACGUCUACAGUAGCCUAUUGCUUUGCGCGGUUAUUUUAGCAUGACUUUUUAUUUAUGCAGUGGAACUCCGGAUUCCAUAUUCAGUAAGGAUCUUGGCUAGGCUGGUGUGUGGCAUGGACAGCUCGGUGACUCUGUGGCAGUUCCUGCUGCAGCUCCUGCUGGACCCCGGCAACGAGCAGCUGAUCUGCUGGACCAGCGAAGACGGCGAGUUCAAGCUGCUGCAGGCUGAGGAGGUGGCCAGGCUGUGGGGUGCUCGCAAGAACAAGCCCAGCAUGAACUACGACAAGCUCAGCCGCGCCCUGCGCUACUAUUAUGACAAGAACAUCAUCAGGAAGGUAAACGGGCAGAAGUUUGUGUACCGCUUUGUGUCCUACCCAGACGUCCUGAGCGGAGAGGCCGCGGCGAGGGCGGAGGGGGGCGGGGAGCCGCUGGGCUCUGAGAGGGGCCCGACUCAGCGGGACAAGGAGGGCGGAGCCGGGGGCGAGGAGGCGGGCACGGCGGGCACAGCGGGCACAGGGGGCGGGCACGGCUCCGGGAAGCCCCCCAGCCGGAACGACUACAUCCACUCGGGCCUGUACACCACCUUCACCCUCACCUCCCUGCAGGCCGGGGCCCAGCUCUUCAGGCCCGCCAAGGCAGAGCACCCGGGCGAGAGGAGGGCCAGCCAAGACCCGGCGCCCUCCGUCAUCAGGUUCGGGAGCUCGCCGGCCAAGAGGACCACGCCACCGCCGCCGGUCGCUCCCGAAUCUGUUGCUCGGGAGUCCUCCGAGGCGAAGCCACGCCCACAGCAAGCGCACCCGCUUCAAGCCCCGCCCCCCUCGGAGGACGCCGCGGUGAAGCAGUGCCGCCUGCCCCGAACCUUCGGUGCUUUUGGGGAGGACACGUCCGCCGCGGGACUGUCACCGGGCCUCCACCUGGAGGGGAUCUCCACCCACGUGCCCUCCCCCUCCCGCUCCCCCACCCCCAGCACAGCGCCCGACUCCUCCCAGGAUCUGGUGAUUGACAGCGACAUGGAGUCCAUCUCAUCGCAGCCCUCUGAGAUCCAGCUGCAGGUUCAACCGGCUCCCGCAUCCCAGAAUGCAACAUCGUCGGAGCGCGAGGCGGGGAACUCUGUGUUCCCCCGAAGCGCCGGAGGCGGCGCCCAUCACGGGAAGUCGAAAAAGCCCAGGGGGCUGGAGCUUGCCCCCGCGCUGGUGGUGACGGGCUCGGACCUGAGCCCCAUGAACCUGUCCAGCCCCUCCCUCCCGACCGCCUCCCUCACUCCCGCCAUCCUGCAGACACCUACCCUCCUGCUCACUCCCAGCCCUCUCUUGUCCAACAUCCACUUCUGGAGCACGCUCAGUCCUGUGGCCCCGCUGAGUCCAGCCCGGCGCCAGGGCACGCACACCCUGUUCCAGUUCCCCUCUGUCCUCAACACUCAGUUCCAGCUGCCCAUUCACAGCCUGGACGGCUCCAGCACGCCCGGGCCCCUCUCCCCGGAUCCGCAGAAGACCUAGAGCAAGAGCCCGGAGACCAGGAACGGCCCCCAGGAACGGUCCCCCCAAUGCUGACCCGCGUCCCUCCCGUCCAUCCCGUCCCACUGUCACGGACACGUGCGCCAAUCUCAGUGUGUACGCCAAAUCGGGCCUUGUGAUUGGGCUAAAAAAAAAAAAGGGGGGAGGGAUCAAAGUCAGAGAGUCACAACAGUUAUUUGGUUAUGCUCUGCCGCAGUGAUGUCACUCCGGGAAGAUUUGUCCGAGACGUCCGUGGGGAGCUCAGACUGAGAGGUCGCGUCCGGCUGAUCUUAGCUUCAAACCUCUCAAAAAUAUUCUGUGAAAUCUGGGUGGGUCUGGGGGCUGGGGGUUUGGAAUCAUUAUUUACUUUACCUCCACCUCUCCUCCUGUUUUUCUUAAAAUUUCACACGGGCCUUAUGCAAAUCAGAAGGAAAUUUCUGAUGUUUCUGAUGCUACUAGAUCUCUGUGGGACAUCCAGGAAGGGUCGAUUUGGUCCAAUGUGAUGUUGAUCGUACGAUCGCAGAUGGCCCGUGCGCAGAUCUGUCCACUGCCAGCCAAUCAGACAAGAAAGCUGACUGCCGGCAGUUAGGAGCUGAGUUUUGAUUCGGCCAUAAUUUCUAAGUAGGAAAAGGAGCCUGUCUUGAUCAAGGCAUUACAUUUACUACGAUGGCUAUUUCCACGCAGGUAUAUCGUUUUUAACAGAUAUGCAUUGUUUUUGUGCAAUUAACCAGCUACCUUAACCUCCUUCGCAAUGUCUUAAUGUGACGUAAAUGGCAACCCUAGCUUGCUUUUUCAUACGCCACUUGGAUGCCGUUGUGACGUUCUUUGGUGUUAUCCAGCUUGUUAUGAUUAACUUAUGUCAUGUACUUUUCGUCAUAACAGAUGCUUAUCCCGUUCAGUGUAUUACGUUCAUGUGGCGUGCGUAGCAAAAUCACUUUCGUGAGCUGAAUAGGCAAGAAGAAAAAAAAACUUCCAUCACAGACACAGUGUUGUGAGGAAUUAAAAGUCGGGAAGGGUUCGAAUGAAGAUGCGAGUUUGUCUCGCUGCACUUGCUCAACUGAGUUUCACAAGUUUGUUUAUAGCUUCUGUUGGUGUUGACUUAGUUUUUUUGCCGCUCCAUGUUUUGUUUUUUGUUGUUGUUGUUGUUUUUUAAACCAAAUUAAGCUUUGCCGUACUCUGUAUUGCACAUUUCUGGCGAUGGCUACAUUUACUUGGGUUUGUUUUUCCAAACGGAGCUCAGGUUGGUGGUGCGUAACCAUGGGCAUUAUGGAAGUGAAGUAGUGUAUAUACCAGGUUAUUUAUAGACACAUAAUGAAAGAAAAAAAUUCUCGAAGAGCACUUAUCCUGUUUGAAUAACCUGAAAAAGGUGGUGAAAUGUCAAUGUUUAAAUGAGUAGAUAUAUUGUUUAGAAUAGUCCUUUCCUGAAUUAAGAGGUCUGGUAGGAAAACUCAUUUUCUCCAAUUUGCCUUUGACGUAGAUGACAUCACUCAGUCGCUGUGAUGGCAGUUAUCUCUCAUGUCGUUUGACCAAUCGGGGCGAACUGGAGUAGACUCGUAUCCCGUGGUAACUGGAAUUUUAAACCCUGGGCGAAUUGUGGUUUGGGGUCUGCUUGAGCGAAGAGCUGUUCCUAUUGGACUGGUUGAAGUCAUCGUUCGUGACCCGGCCGGAUUUUUUUAACCGACGGCCCACCGUCUUCACGGGUGGAAUUGAGGGCCUGUCUGUGGUCUGCUGGGCGCGGUGGGUUACUCUGGUCCGUUCGGGGUCGCUUCAUGCAGAAAUCCAUGUUUCUGACAGCGACUGGGACUCUCUUACACGCUAUUCGUUUUUAUUUUAUUUAUUUUUUUUGUUGUUGUUUUAAAUUCACUAUUUUUGCCAAGGCCCGGCAGUAAUGACUCAUGUUAAAGUGGUGAUUUAUAUUUUAUGGGGGGGAAAAAAGCAAACAAAACUCACUUAAUAUAUUAAUGUGCAAUAUCUCAGGUAAAAGCACUUAUAUCCCCGUAGGGCUAUAUUCUUCUAAGAGUCGUUUUUGCUGCCAAAUAGAAGUAAGAAAUUUAAUACAGGCUCAUGAGCGCAGUGGAUAUAUGGAUCGAUUUUACGUUUCCCACAGAGGAAAUAACUGAUCGUUCUCCUCAGAGCAGCAUUGUGAGCGACACAGCCAUGAUUGCAUGAUGCCUUACGUCUGCUGCCAUAAACUAGACACGACAGGCCAAUGAAGCGAAGCGAGGAGCCGCAGCUCUGCGUGCUCUCCAAGAACUUUAUUCCAGUCCUGACCGCGCCGAACGGGUAUCGGCAGAUUCCAACAUUUUCGGUGUUUGUUGGAGGGGUCUGGCCCGAGCGCAGAGAAGAAUGGACUGAUGAGGCCAACCUGGGGACUCGGCUGGUAUGGUCGUGUAAAGUCAGGGGUCUCAAACUCCAGUCCUUGGAGGGCUGCUGGUUUUCGUGGCUUCCCUUCAGUUGGCAGCACGAGGUGUGCAGACCCUUGUAGCCAAUCACUGACUCGCGUUAAGCACUCAAGAGCCAGGGACACGUCGAAAACCAGCAGACACACAACCUCCAGGAUUUCAGUUUGAGAUCCCUUGUGUUAAGUCAACGACGCUACAACAUCAUGCAGGCGUGCUCCUCGGAUUCAAAGAACGCCUGUGACUUCUGUAUUUGUGAAUGCAGUCUUCUCGCGGGCCAGGCUGCCAGUGUUACGCUAGGUGUUGUUAGCCGUAGGCUCGUAUUUUUGAAAAAACAUCCAGGUACUUCAGGCGGGUUCCGUCGUUGCUAAAGUGCCGUGUUGCGUUUUCGUGGACUCUUGCCAGUGUCAGGUACUGUAAAGCUGAACAGCAGCUGCCAGCGUAUCACUGGAAGCUUUGCACAGGCACAGGUGCACCCCCAGUGAAACCCUUUCUUGCAGGAAUAUUUCCGAUAGCAGCCAUAGCUCCCGUUUUGAGUGUGCGUGUAUGUACAGUUCCUGCACACACUCCUUCACUAUUAUGUGCCUGAACGUCCCUACAACAAUUUGCAUCGUAAUGAAUGCACAAGCUAGAAUUGUUUUCCUUUCACCUUAUUUCGCAGUUGAAAUGAGAGGAUCGCAUAAAUGUGACCAAAAAAAGGAUUAGCUACAAAAAUGUUCUUUUAAAAAAAUGUUGUUUUUUUUUAAAGUCCCUGUCUUCACUUAAAUUUUUAUGCAUACCUGCAGAUCUUAACUGACGACUGUAAAAGACCAGCAGGAACACUUAGCGCUGCUCUUUGCGGUUCUGUAUGUCUGCUAUAAGUUGUUUGAGGACUUGGCCAAACAGUGUGGUAAGUUGAAGUUGUUUUAAGUGUAUGGUGAGAUGUGAAGUUGUUUUCCCUCUGUGAUGUUACCGUUUUGACAGUGUAGCCUUAUUGAACUUGUACAUUGCUCCUUUUUUUUUAACCGUUUACAAAAGUGUGACAUAUUUGCACUUAAGACUAUUGGGGUUCCUUGUGUAACUAGACAGUGCGGUGCAUAUCUUUUAAGUCUUGAAUUCUGUUUUGUUUUGAAAUUUAUUUUUGAAACUGAUGUUUGUGUGUGUUAUCUGUGAUUUAGAUUCACAGAAUUGUACUACCCCCCCCCCCAAUCCCCCAUACUUACAGCAAAAGAAAUCUAUGCACAAAUUAAUUAAGUUUAUACUACAGUUUUUAUUGAUUAAAUCAGGAUUUUUAUAUUUCCAAGAAAAGUACUUUUUAGAUUGAAAAAGUAUAAAUUUUAUAAAUUACAUUUUCUCUCCCAGUAAGAAUGACUUAUUUUCUCACGGUUUAGAUUUAUACAAUUCAGUCAAUACCUGACAUAGGAAAUUACAUGUAUUUUUAACUGGUUUUCAUAAAUAUAAAUGGGUAAAUAGUCCAAUAACAUUAAACAUACCCUUCCCUAUUAGAGAUUUUACUCAUUAAGAGUUGGUAUGUAAAAGUUCACAUUAAGUAAAGCAGUGUGAAUGCACAUUUGAACACUGGAAAUUCUGGUUUAGUUGGGAGUGUUUCUUUGGAUAAAGCAGUAUUAAUUAUACAUUCAAAUCCUCUUCCCUCCCAUUCAUUUGAAUCACUUUGAAAACCCACAUUUUGCAUUGCGGUUUGAAAACAAACAUGACAAAAAAAGUAUCAUUGUAUUCCUCUGUUUGUUUGAUUUUUGUGUUCUGCAGCUGUACUCUGUGUUCAGACUUCUCACAUGUUUACAGACUUGUGUUUGGGCUUUUGUAUGUGGGGAAAGAAGUAUAUAAAAACGUCUGAAAAAUGUA